UUUGGUACAAACUAUAAAGAAGAUGUGAGUGUUUUGGGUCGAUCAAGAAGGGAUGUCAACGGCCAAGAUGACAGAAGACUUCAGGUCUUAGCAACUGUUCCCAUAUCAAUUCCCCUUUCAUCAAUCGCAAAUGUUUGUAACUGGACAAACGAUGAAUGCCCAAGAGGUCCAAAAGGAGAUCCUGGUCCGACAGGGCUUACUGGUCAGAUCGGUCAGAGGGGACUCCCAGGAACACGUGGAGAGGCUGGUCCGAGAGGGAAGCGAGGAGAUCGAGGACCCAAAGGCCACGCAGGUAGUAAUGGAGAGCCAGGAGCACGAGGAGAAAAGGGAGACAUUGGUUUACCUGGACCACAAGGUCCACCUGGUCUCCAAGGAACCCGGAUCGAUAACUGUUCGUGCCAAGGUAAUCGUAGAUCGGCAGAUGAAAACCAUGGUGUAGCCAGUAUUCCAUUGGAAGAGCUGGAAACUAAGAUGCGGAGAAUCCUCCUUCAGUCAUCAAUCUCCGGGUUUAUCAUCGCCAAUGACAGUUCAGAUAAAGCAGAAGUCAUCAUUAGCAGUUUUAAAUCCGUUAAGCGUGGCCCUCCUGCUCCUCUGAUGGCGUCAGGUGAUGGGUCGACAGGUGUGCAGAAUGACGUCAUCGGUGAAGCAUCUUCUGAUCAAGAUUCUGACGUUGAUAUUGGAAAUGAUAACCCUGGUGAUGGUCUUUCUCAUAUUUCGAAUAUACAUCCAAAUCAUGCAUUCGCUCCACCUGGUAGUGGUAACACUACAGCUCGCAAACCACAGCAUCUUGAUCAGGGCAGGACGAUGAAAGAAUCUGGUAAUUCUCGACUACGGGCCGGAAGUGAUGGCGAUGCCGGAAACCUUUUUGUAGACCAUGUAGCGACGACAGACAUGCCGACAUCGUUACCAGCCCAAGCUUUGAGCACGGACAGCAGGACUAUGAUCGUUGACCCGCAAGAGACUUCAGAAAAUGAGGCAGAGGGAUCACUGUUCAUCAAUGACCGCCGUGGCCACGGUGGAAGCAAUAGCGUCAACUUUGGUGAAGAUCAGUUAAUGAUGGUCACUCAAUCAUCAAAAAUGACUUCCGAUCCCGACAUGCCUGAUCAGCAGAUCACAACACCUGGGGGCACCGCUGAUGGAAUGACAAGGAUGAGCAUAGAUGACCAGAAAUUGAUGAAUAUAUCGGCUCUCUUGCAACGUCUGAACGAGCUGACAGCCAAUAGAACGUCUCUCUUGGAUUUUGUUCAAAUGGCAACAAAGAGUACAUGUGGGUGUCCGGGACCCCCAGGUCCAAUCGGUCCACGUGGAUAUGUUGGGCCAAAGGGAGAUCAGGGUGUGAAGGGCCUUCCAGGAGCCAUAGGAGAGAAAGGGGAUAAGGGCGAUCGUGGGUCACUCAUCGACGGCGAAGGACAUAUCCUCCAGGGUCCACCUGGACCAAAAGGAGACAGAGGCGUCGCUGGCUCAAGAGGACGUAAGGGGGAACCAGGUAUUGACGGAAUGGAUGGGAUGACGGGUCUACCGGGCGUUCAAGGAGAACCUGGUCCUCGUGGUCUUCCGGGUGAAGAGGGGGAUCCUGGACCGAUGGGAAUAAAGGGUUCCAAAGGGGAUAUGGGUCCGAUGGGAACCAGGGGACAAAUCGGUUAUGAUGGCCAGAAAGGUAGCAAGGGUGAACCUGGUGUAAGAGGACACAGAGGUGUUCCUGGAUCAACAGGACCGUUUGGACCAAAAGGAAUCAAGGGAGAGCAGGGUAAGAGAGGUGAAAGAGGCUACCCUGGUCUUACAGGUUCAUCAGGUCCACCAGGGGAACCUGGAACCCCAGGUCGAAAUGGAAUGAAAGGACAAAAAGGAGAACGCCAUGUCUAUGUGCUGCCAGGCGGUGAACAUGUGCAACCUACUGAGUAUUUCUCUCCAACCCCUCCUAGCCCAAACCCAACAACCAAACCUGCAAACAUUGAGCCUGAGGAAAAGAUGUUCAAGAUAUAUGAACCAAUUGUGAAAUCAAAGUGCCGGUUGACGAACAUUUCUGCCCCACAUGAGAUCCAUACUGUGAAAAGAUCCUACGGAACUUGGAUGACAGACACAUCUGAAGAUAGCAGACAGACUGAUGUUAUAUGGCUCACCAUGCAUCAUCAUGGGGCUAUACUCAUAGAAUACAAGAACCUUGAUGAAAUGAAAGACCGACGCCUUUCAUCCACCUACGCAUUACCCUUCCAGUGGGAUGGUAAUGGCCAUGUGGUAUACAAUGGAUCUUUCUACUAUCAUCAUAGAAACACAGGUUGUAUCAUUCGAUAUAACUUGAGUAGUGGAUCCAUUAUCAAACGUGUACCAAUAACAUCUCUAGGUUACCAAGACGAUGACUUGUUCCAACUGUCUUCAGGAUACACCAAUGUUGACUUUGCAGUAGAUGAAAAUGGUCUGUGGAUCAUAUACCCACUCACUCGCCCUGGAUCCAUCGGUAAACUCGCCGUCUCCAAACUUGACCCUGACUCGCUGGAAAUCAUCACAACUAUCACAACAGAUCAUAACUUCCAGUCAACGGCCAAUGCCUUUAUUAUCUGCGGUGUGUUGUACACGACAAAAGGACCGCAUAGCAGACCAUCAAGGGUUGAUUUUGCUUUUGACUUGCUAAGAGAGGUCGUUUUGGAGGAUAUCAGUAUGAACAUUGAGAACAGACAUCGUAGAACUGUUAUGCUCUCGUAUAAUCCUCGAGAUAGACUGUUGUAUGGAUGGGAUAAAGGCAGACUUCUUACAUAUCAUGUGACAAUUAAGGAAUAUACAGAUGAUUAAAAAAAGACAAACAUGCUGUAUGCAGCAUUGUAAAUAUGUGUAUUAUGAUAUUGUAAAUGCACUGGUAUAGUUGAUACAGAGAUUGAACUGAGAGGAGUUCUUUUAUAGAUAAAUUAUGUAUCGAAUAAUUACCUUGAUAAUAUUAAUUACAACGUUGAAAUAAGCCAUCCAAAUUGAACACUAAUAACCACAUUGUAAAGUCCAAUGAUCAUGCUAUCAAUAUUAUCUCAUAAUGAAAUAAUUUUUUUUGAUUAAUUUGUCCAAAGUUUAAGUCAGAGUAACAACAGUUCUUUGAGAAUAAAGAAACAAGCGAGACAGACUGCAUACAUUUAAUUCCUCUACAUCAAGAAUACCACUACGCUUUUUUUCAGGGAGCAGUCAACGAUCAUUUGGGUAAAAAAACAUUACUCAUGUAAGGUAGAGAAACCAUCCUUUUUGAUAAUUUAAUAACAUUUCUUGCAUAAAGAGGAUGUCAUGUACAUGUUUAUUUCUUUUAAGGUGCUAUAACUUAUGUAUAAAAUGUAAAUAUGUAUAUAUUUUACAUCAAUUCGUGAUAUCAGUCUUAUUCUAAAUAAUUUUAUGGUAAAAUGGCAAAUGCACAGCUGUAGAUAUCCUUUCAAUAAUAGCAAAAAUUAACAAAUUUUUCUUUCUUAAUUCUUUUAAACUGAAAUCUGUCCCUAAUGUCUGUCCUAAAUAGCUUCAUGCUAUGGAGUAUCAGAUCAAGAUAUUCCAGCUUUGGUUUCCUUCUUAGAUAACAUCCUGUAUUUUAUAUACACAUGCUGCAAAAAAUAUGUCUAUUCAUUAAAAAAAAAAACAAUCACAAAUUUUAGAUUUUUCUGAGUAACAAAAUAAUUUUAUUCAUAUUUUCUUUUUAUGCAUGUUAACAUGACAAGAUGGGCAAAAAAAUUAACACUUUAAGUAUAUGUACACAACCAUGUCAAAGGAUAUAUGAAAAGAGAAUGUGUACUUUUCUAUUUACAAGUACUGUGUAUAACCUUAUAAAAAAAGGUGUAUGGACAAGUUUUACAUGGACAGGUAAUGUGUAUUUUAGGUAUAAAAAUGUAAAAGAAAUUCGAUGACAAUUUAACCACAGUACCAUCAAGGAAGCACAUCAUGAUACAAAUAGUCAGUUAUAAGCUACAGUGGAUUCUUGCAUCUGAUUGGCAAAGAGCAAAUUAAUCAGUGAAAAUCACUAACAAAAUCCGGAUAUGCAUGGUGAAAAAUGCUGCUUGUAACAUAUCAAUACAUCAUUUUCACAAAAUAAGAAAGAACUCAAUUCUGGGAUAUUGAUCAUUUUGUUUCUACUUUUCGUCAGCACUUUCUUCUCAUCUACAUGUAUAUCAACAUUGUUUGCCUUUCUAUGUAAUAUGUUCUUCAUGGCACGAGGUACAAAUAAACCUAAAACUUGAUAUCAAAUAGAAAUGUUAUUAGGACGUAAUGAAAAGAUGACAUGGAACAAUUUGGAAUCCAUAACAUAAAAGUUUGCAGACAAUGUCAUAUUUCAAUGCCAGCUAUUUUGAUAUCAUGUUAUACAGUUAUGGAAUGCUAUAUACUUGUACUACUUUUCAGCCAUUCUGAGCGAGUCCUUUUUGGUAAAACAUGUAAAUGAAUAGUCUCUGACCAGGAGUAACUUUCUUGAAACCAACUAUAGCUUCUUUAGACAGUGUAUAAUUUUAGUACAUUAAUUAAAAGCUAGUCAGACUUGGUAAUAAACCUCACAAAAUAAAACGAUUGCUAUUUUGAGUAUUUUCUUCCUUCAAAAGAACCACCAAUACUCAUUUAUAUAUCUUUGGCAUUAUAGAUCAUACACACAUGCACUAAUUGGAAUGUGCAAAGGGGAAUAAUUUAAUAUCUACAAAAGCUAUCUUUGGUCCUUAUUUGGUGCCUCUGUUCUAGUAAAUUUUCUUUCAUCCGGCUUAUGCAAUCUAGCUUCAUAAUAAUUGAACAUGGUCAUCUUAAAUUAUGAUUUGUUCUGUUAUACAUAAUGAGGGCGCCAUUGCACAUACCUCUGUACAUGAAUGUCAAGAAUUUUAAUAAAAUGUCCUCUUUGAAGGGAGCUACACACUCUGACAAUCCAAAUCCACCCAAAUAACGAUGAUGCUCCCCCCC